AUAUUUGUUUUAUUUAUUCAAUAAAUAAAUUGCCUUUAAAAAAAUUCACAAGAAGGCGUUUUUUCUGACUUACAAGGGGAUAUAAUCCAUUAAAAGUACUAUUUAAAAUAUGUGAAUCAUAAGCAAACAGAGGAGACCACGAAAGUCUUUUGAACACAGGGAGUUUUUAUUUUAAAACUAACUGACCGAUGUGCUCCUUUGAUAGCAUUUGUGAGACUCCCUGAACCGGUGAGCAUACAUAUUGUAUUUUUAUGUUUAUUGGCAUGCUUGCCCAAGCUUAAGAACAUUAUUCGAACUAUCGUAAACUACCUAGCUUAAUAAGUACUACUACUUAUAGAUGGUUUUCUAAUCUAAUCCACGGCAAAGUUUCUUUUUGUGGUCAAAAAGUCGAAGUCCAACAGCAGUAAUCCAACUACAAGUACAUAUGUUUUGCCAUAAAUAAAUAAACUAUGAGCUGAGAUGCAACAGCACUAUGUGCCACAUGUAAAAUGAUAUCUAAAAGAAUAACAAAAAUUUAAAAAUUUUUGAGUUUUAAGCAAAAUAUUAUUUAAUACUUAUCAAAUCUAAGACAAUAACGACAUAUAGAGUUUUAUAUAGAUUAAUGUAAUUAAUUUCAAGAGCGAUUGAGACAAAAUGCGACGGGUUAUACAUAAUAUAAAAAACCAUCUGUUAAAUUUUCAUAGUAAUUUCUUUUUGUAUUUUUCUGGGGUCGAAAUGGUCCUUAUCUUUAUUUCUUGCUUAUUUUAUUUCUAUAUUCUAAGUUAAACUUCAGUCUAAGAGAAAACUCUUAAUAGAAGAGAAGUUUCUGUGUAAGUCUAAUUAUAGUACUAAUAACAGCAGAAGAAGGACGGUUUUGAGCUGAUCUUUGUAUUGAUGGCUUAUAAAACCAAUGUCAUAUCUGCAAAGAAUCAAUAACAAAUUUAACGCCAAGCAAGCCACAUAUUUAUAUGUUCAAUCGGAGUGUAUUAUUCGGCUUAUUUAAAGAAAAAUAUAUAAAUAAACAAUUAUUAAUUAAAGUAGGUUACAAAAUGAAACAAUAACAAUAUAUACAUAUAUAGGUUUGUGAUUACAUUGCAUUACAACAUUUAUUAAGAGGAUAUCAAAUAUAUUAAAACUAAUUCAAUACAAACAUAAUCAUAGAAUUAUGUAACAAAGUCAAUAAACAGCUAACAACUGUAAAUAAAUUAUAUUUAUCUAGAAUAGCGUAAUCGACGAUUGGACUAAGAAUGUCCUGUAGUUUAUCGACACUUAUCAUUACACACCUGCAAUUGAUAACAAUUUGCUUGUUGAUAUUUACUUUUAAUAAUCUUGAUAAUGCAAAGGCAUUUGAAUCACGUCGUAGUGUCCGUCACACUAUUGACACACCAGAACCGGAAGAAAACUGGUUCGAACAAAAACUCGAUCACUUCGAUGACACACAGCAGAAUAUAACAUGGAAACAACGGUACUUUAUGAACGAAAAUUUUUACCGCAAUAACAGCAAUGCCUCUAUUUUUCUCACAAUUGGUGGAGAGCUUGCGAUAUCGCCGCGUUGGGUGACCAAGGGGUCUUGGAUUAAAUUUGCCGAACAUUUUGGAGCCAUGUGUUUUCAUUUGGAACAUCGCUUCUAUGGUAAAAGUCAACCGAAAAGCGAUCUCUCUUAUGAAAACCUAAAAUUUCUUUCCUCGAAGCAAGCUUUAGCUGAUGUGGCUCAUUUCAUCCGAAGUAUGAAUCAAAAAUACAGCUUUAGUAGUAAGCAAAAAUGGAUUGUCUUUGGUGGUUCUUAUCCCGGUGCAUUGGCGGCUUGGGCGCGUCAAAAAUAUCCGCAUUUGAUAUAUGGAGCCAUAAGUUCAAGUGCACCACUUUUAGCGAAAGUGGAUUUUGUUGAGUACCUUCAGGUCGUCAAAGCCUCUUUGGCAACUCAUUCCGACGACUGCUUGAUGGCUUUCGGUAAGGCCUUUGCUGAGAUAGAAACACUCACAAAUCAUGCGAUCGGUCAACGAAAUGUGGAUGAAAAAUUGAAUACCUGCACACCAAUUGGAGAAUCGGUUGCAAUCGAAUUAGAUAUGUCGAACUUCUUUCAAAAAUUAGCCGAUAAUAUUGCAUUUGUGGCGCAAUUCAAUAAAGUCAACCGACCAGAAGCUUAUCAUACUAUCGAUGAUGUCUGUAAUGUAAUGGUCAAUGAAACUAUUGGAGCUCCUUUUGAACGCUUGGGCAUUGUGAAUGACAUGGUUUUAAAGGAUUUGAAGGAAAAUUGUAUCGAUUACAAAUACAACAAUAUGUUGACUAAAAUGAGGAAUAUUUCUUUGUUCGCCGAAGUAGCUAACGGUACACGCCAAUGGACCUAUCAGACCUGCAAUGAGUUCGGUUUCUAUCAAACGUCGAAUAAUAAAAAAGACACAUUCGGUGAUAGAUUCAAGGUGGACUUUUUCAUUAAGCAGUGUAUGGAUAUUUUUUCCGAAAGCAUGAACGCAAAAUACUUGGAACAAGUUGUUUCCCAGACAAACGAAUUCUAUGGUGGACUUAAUCCCAAGUCAACGAAUGUGCUUUACGUACACGGCUCAAUAGAUCCAUGGCAUGCGCUCGGUUUGACCGCAUCAAAUAAUCCAAAUAUACCCACUAUUUUUAUUGAAGGUACUGCACAUUGCGCCGAAAUGUAUGACCCUGCUAAAACUGAUCCAACUCAACUUAUCGAGGCACGUAAUAAAAUAUUGAAUUUUCUUGCACAGCUAUUGGGGAAUUCGGAGAAUUGAAGUGCCUAAAAAGGCCUCAUAAAUGUUUUUUUUUAAUAAAGUACUUAUACAAAAUAUAUUUUUAUAUACAACAUGAAUUAUGUGGCAUAAAAUACCAUCUAAAGACAAACAAAAUAUUUAACACUUUUUCACUCUCCA